CUAUUUUUGUGUCUGAUACAUAGUUAUCACUAAAAGUUAAGUGUUAUUUUAGAACUGUAUUCUAGAUUGAGAGAGCGAGUAGUACAUACUAUACAGUAAUAUAUUAGGCUGGGGAAACACUUUUUAUCUUGAGACAAUAGAAGCCGUGUUAUUUGUGCUUUUUUUAUUCACAGUUAUCACUAAAAGUUUAGUGUUAUUUUAGAACUGUAUUAGAGAUUGAGAGAGAAAGUAGUACAUACUAUACAGUAAUAUAUUAGGCUGAGGAGAGCACUUUUUAUCUUGAGACAAUAGAAGCAGUGUUAUUUGUGCUUGUUUAAUUCACAGUUAUCACUAAAAGUUUAGUGUUAUUCUAGAACUGUAUUCUAAAUUAUUGAGAGAGUGAGUAGUACAUACUAUACAGUAAUAUAUUAGGCUGGGGAAACACUUUUUAUCUUGAGACAAUAGAAGCAGUGUUAUUUGUGCUUGUUUAAUUCACAGUUAUCACUAAAAGUUUAGUGUUAUUCUAGAACUGUAUUCUAGAUUGGGAGAGCGAGUAGUACCAUUAUAGAUUAUAAGCUGGAGAGAACUCUUGUUAUCCUUAAAUCGCAUUAAUCACUGAAAAUUCGGUUUUUUUAGAACUGUAUUCAAGAUUGUGUAAAUCAGUAGAACUACUAUAGAUUAUAGGCUGGGGAAGCACUUUUUAUCUUGAGACAACAUAAAUAGUGUUAUUUGUGGUAGUUUAAGUCACAGUUAUCACUAGAAGUUUAGUUGUUUUAGAACUGAAUUCAAGAUUGGGAAACCCAUUAUCUAUGAAUGAAUCAAUGUGCCUCGAUAUUGUAGAGUUGAAAACUUCACUCCGAAAUUUUAAUCCUACUGUACUUCUUUUCUUCACCGGUGAAUAUAGUGCAAGUCUAAGUUUAUUCCUAGAAGUCUUCCUAGAGUUUGAAGUCUACUUCAUGAUUUGUGAAAAGUCUCUUGAAUUGGAUUAAUAAAUAUUCACUACAAAUUCUUUAAAAAUCCAACAAUUCAGCUUCAAUCUUAUUUCAAGUUUUUGAUAACGCUAACCGCACUUAUCCAAACACGACGUUUUUCAGGUCGGAGAUAAAGAAUAUAGAGAAAAUAUAGCUGUCGCUUUUGUGGCUAUCCCAAUAUUACAAACAUAGAAAAUUGUGUUUGUGAGAGUUCUCUGAUACAAGCAAGCUUCAAAAAAUAUUAUUUUUAUCACAAAGGAUUCUAGAUUCCUUGGUUAUCACAGUUGCGAACAUUUAAAAGUUUUUAGUUGAGAGUAUCACCGCCGUGGGCGCUCUGAAGAUGGCAAGUAAAGGAGGAGGAGGAGUUGGAGGUAGAGGAGGAGGUGAUGCUGUACUACGACAAUAUAUUGCUGUUGGAACAGCCAGCCUGAGCUUCUUCAUCCAGGGCACAUCUCUGGGCUGGCCAUCACCCACCAUCGAAAAACUGAAGGCCACCACACCAAUCACCGACGCCCAGAUCUCCUGGAUGGUGUCCGUGCUCUACUUCGGCAACUUCCUCAGUCCCAUCCCGGCCGGCUACCUCAUGGACCGCAUGGGACGAAAACGCAUGCUGGUCACACUCAGCAUACUACCGAUCCUCAGCUGGGUUCUGGUGAUUUUCUCCACAGACCCAUUAAUCCUGUAUGUGUCAAGGUUCCUGGGAGGACUCUGGGCAGGGAUUUCUGCCACAGUUAUCCCCAUGUACCAAGCGGAAGUGUCACAACCCCAGGUACGUGGUGCGCUGAGCACCUUCAUACAGAUCAUGACCUACAUUGGGGUUUGUUACGAGUACAUCCUGGGACCAUUUGUGUCCUACACCACCCUGGGACUCCUCAACGUUGCGAUCCCAGUCAUGUUUGUGUCAGCGUUCAUGUGGAUGCCUGAGUCACCCUACUGGUACACCAUCAACAACCGCAAAGAGGAAGCCCUGGAGGCUUUGACUUGGCUGCGCAGCGGUCUCCCCCGCUCCACCAUUGAGGAUGAGCUUCAACUGAUCGAACACAGCGUCCGUGAAGAGAUGAAAAACAAAAAAACCUUCAGCGACUUAAUCUCCACACGAGGCAACCGUCGUGGGUUACUAAUCGUGGAGAUGCUGGCCAUCUUCCAACGCAUGUCAGGGAUUAGUGGAGUCAUGGCAUUCACAUCCAUCACCAUCAAACCGUUCACGAUCUUCGGAAUUCUCAUGACCCCCGACAUCUGUGUCAUCAUCAUGGGAGUAGUUUGGAUAAUCUCCACGUUCAUUUCGACAGCACUAGUGGACAGGUCAGGUCGUCGACCUCUACUGAUGACAUCCUCCCUGGGCAGCGGAGUAGCCAUGACCUUGAUUGCCAUCUGGUUCUUCCUGGAUCGUCAGACCACCCUCAACGUCUCCCAUACCCAAUUCCUACCAUUCCUGGGCCUCCUGAUCUACGGUCUUUUCUUCUCCAUCGGUAUGGGACCGAUAGCAUCCACAAUUCAAGGAGAGACCUUCCCCGCCAACACUAAGGCGAAAGCGUCAGCUAUUACUUCAAUCUCACUAGCGGUCACCUCGUUUAUAAUGAACAAAAUCUAUCUGGACGUCGAGAAUACGAUCGGUAUGUACUUUAAUUUCAUACUAUUCGCGUCGGCAUGCUUCAUGUGUUUAGGGUUUGUUGUGUUCUUUGUGAUAGAAACCAAAGGUAAAACGCUGCAUGAUAUCCAGGAGGAAUUGAAUACCAAAAAGAGUGAUCUAGUAUGAAUGAAAAAGUUUGGAAUUUAGUUUAAAAAGGUAUCAACUACUAUUCAAUGUUCCUAGUUUUCCAAACUUGAUUUUCUCCACAACUGAUGUUGAAGAUUCUACAACUAUAGUGAGGUCCACGUUAUAAUGGCAGUGGAUAAAGAUAGGAGAACAUCGUUACCGAUUCUCUGCCUCAAUUAAUUGUAUUUCUACACUGUCAAAAACAGAUUUGGCAUCGUUGCGGAGCUAGAAAAGGAUAGUAAUACCUGCUUUGUCGAAUGAUAGACAAGGAUAACAUCAUCAAAGUUAAUCAAAUACUGUCAUUAUAACGUGGACCUCACUCACUAUAGGUGCUUUAUUCUCGUGACUGCUUUAUAAUGAAUUUCUAUUUUAAAAAAUUAUAAUAAUAUGGUAAAUUAUGAAUUAUAAUAGUAUUCAAGUUUCCAUGAAGUGGUAGAGGAGAAAUCGGGUAGAAGGUAAAUCUAUUCAUAUUGAAUAAAAUGACUAUAUUUCCCUCAAUCACUCAGUCAUAAUGAUUAACUAAUAUUACUCACUUUUUGUGUAGUUGAGAAGUUGAUAGUGUGGUAAUUAUUAUUCAUAUUGAAUGAAAAAGACUAAGAAAUUGUCAAAAAAACACAGA